AUGGUUGGCGAUCGAGUCGUCAUCCCUGAAAAGUUGAGAGGAGAAGUCCUCAGGGAGCUCCACUCUUCUCAUGCUGGAAUGGAUCAUAUGAAAAGGAUUGCCAGAUCAAUCGCUUUUUGGCCUGGAAUCGAUAUGGAUUGCGAGAACUUUGUACGAAGUUGCAGGACUUGCAGCUUGAACAGCAAAACUCCUCGAAAAGUUCCUUUGCAACCAUGGCCAACACCAGAACGGGUUUGGCAAAGAAUCCACAUCGAUUAUGCUGGUCCAGACCAAGGACAAUGGUAUUUGGUGGUGGUGGACGCGAAGAGCAAAUUUCCUGAAGUGAAGAUUUGCCAGUCAAUUUCAGCUACCAAUACUGUCAAAAUUCUGAAAGAAAUUUUCGCCAGAAACGGUUUCCCGGAAACCAUCGUAUCUGACAACGGUACGCAGUUCACGUCCCAACUGUUCGCCGAAAUGUGCCAAAAUGGAAACAUUCAGCACAUCAGAACUGCUCCAUAUUGUCCGCAAUCUAACGGCCAAGCCGAAAGAUUCGUCGAUACGCUGAAAAGAGCUUUGAAGAAGCUUCAAAAGGGGGAGGAGAAGAUAUCGGAAGAAAUUCUGAACGAAUUCCUCAUGCGGUAUCGCCGCACUCCAUUGGAAGUAUUGAAAGGGAAGUCAGCCGCCGAAGUGCACCUUGGGCGACAAAUAAGAACGAAAAUCGAUUCCCUGAAACCUCGAGAUCCAGAAAUUCCUUCUUGGUCAAACGACCAAAGGAAAAUGAAGAAUUGGUUUGACGAAAAGUAUAGCACGAGAUCUCGUGAUUUCCAUGUUGGUCAGCAGGUGAUGGCGAAAUGUCACACUGCCAACUCAUGGACGUGGAAGCCAGGCUUUAUUCUGAAAAAGUCAGGAAAAGUCAACUACGAAGUUGACUUGGGUGGUUCAUCAAGGCGUUUUCAUGCGAACCAGCUGAAACGCGACUGUUCUGAACGAGAACAAGAAAAUCAGCCCGAUUCGUGUCUAGAUGUUCUGCUAGACACCUACGAAGUUCUUCCAACGACUGUGCUCCAGCCGACAAUUGUUCCGAUGCCGCCGUGCCCAGCUCCAGCAGCACCAGCCGCAACAACAACAGCAGCUCAGUCAACAACGACUACAGUGCCACUGAACGUCUCCGCACAGCAGCCACUCGCAGCAGUACCUAUGGGUCCAGUCAAUCCGCCAGCAGCGCCGAGAAGAUCUUCACGACAGCCGAAGCCUAUUAAUCGUUUUGACCCUACUCCGUGA